UACAGUUGUGCGCAUGCGUGGUGUCCUGACCGGGCAGGAACUCACGCUAGUCCCCCUAUCCUGGCCUUCAUCCUUCCUCCCGGGGUUUAAUCGUGACGCCGGGUUCCAUGUCCCCAGCUCCGAGUUCGGGUACGGAACGCGGUCCGGCUGGUGAUGGUAAAAAGCCGAAUGCGUCGCUUCCUGACUGCAAUCAAUAGACGGAUGAUGAAGCUGCUCAUUGCUCUCGCCUUGAUCGCCUAUGUAGCCUCUGUUUGGGGAAACUUUGUCAACAUGAGCAGGUCAAUCCAGGAGAAUGGGGAGCAGAAAAUGGAAAAGAAAAUAGAAGAGGUCAUUGCACCAUUGAGGGAAAAAAUAAGAGAUUUGGAAAAAAGCUUUACACAGAAAUACCCUCCUGUGAAAUUUCUAUCAGAAAAAGACAGGAAGAGAAUUUUGAUAACUGGAGGUGCUGGUUUUGUGGGUUCACAUCUCACAGACAAACUUAUGAUGGAUGGUCAUGAGGUUACUGUUGUGGACAAUUUUUUUACUGGUAGGAAAAGGAAUGUGGAGCAUUGGAUUGGCCACGAGAAUUUUGAACUCAUUAAUCAUGAUGUGGUGGAACCACUUUACAUUGAAGUGGACCAGAUUUAUCAUUUAGCCUCUCCCGCUUCUCCUCCAAAUUACAUGUAUAAUCCAAUCAAGACUUUAAAAACCAACACGAUAGGAACCUUGAACAUGUUGGGAUUAGCGAAGCGUGUUGGAGCUCGGCUACUACUGGCGUCUACUUCUGAGGUCUAUGGAGAUCCAGAAGUACACCCUCAAAAUGAAGACUACUGGGGACAUGUGAAUCCCAUAGGCCCCCGAGCUUGUUAUGAUGAGGGGAAGCGCGUAGCUGAGACAAUGUGCUAUGCAUAUAUGAAACAGGAAGGUGUGGAGGUCAGGGUGGCUCGGAUAUUUAAUACCUUUGGGCCACGUAUGCACAUGAACGAUGGAAGAGUCGUUAGUAACUUCGUACUGCAAGCACUUCAAGGAGAACCUUUAACUGUAUAUGGAUCGGGGUCACAGACCAGAGCAUUUCAAUAUGUCAGUGACUUGGUCAAUGGGCUUGUGGGUUUAAUGAACAGCAAUGUCAGCAGUCCUGUGAAUCUGGGAAACCCAGAAGAGCACACCAUCCUGGAAUUUGCCAGAUUAAUUAAACACCUUGUUGGGAGUGGUGGAGAAAUACAGUUUCUUUCAGAAGCUCAAGAUGAUCCACAAAGGCGAAAACCAGACAUCAGGAAGGCCAAGCUUUUGCUUGGGUGGGAACCUGUGGUUCCACUAGAGGAAGGCUUGAAUAAAACAAUCCACUACUUUAGCAAAGAACUUGAAUACCAAGCAAACAACCAAUAUAUUCCUAAGCCGAAACCGGCGAGAAUAAAAAAAGGUAGAAUGCGACAUAACUGAACACUCCAUACAGAAGAGAGGCUAUCUUGAUGGUUUACAGGAUAUAAUUUUUGUUCUCCCUUUCCCCUUUGUUUCUUUUACAAGAAAAGAGAGACUCCUGAGGGGGUAUCAUGAAGAAUAAAACUGGAAUUUCCCUAUGAAGCUUGCUUUAAAGGAAUGGAUGUGCCUAAUAAUAUUGAGAACUGCAAACAUUGCCUUGCACUUUUUAAAUUUGUCUUUCUAUGUACAGUAGUGUAGGAAAUACAUGGAAAUCUCCACAUUUUAUAUAUCUUGCUGUGACUGUUUUUGACCACUGUCUAAGGACAGGUCAGCCCUAUUGCUGGUGGUGGGGCCAGCUAAGAAUCACCAUUAAGUCCUUUUUCAGACUCUGCUGAGUACAACGGGUUUAAAUUACUGGUUUCGUUUUGAAGCUGAAGCUAAAAAGGAGAUUAAAAAAAAUGCCAAUUUUAUUUAUAUAUGUUUUAAAAAAGUAUGGUUUGUAUUUUAUGCAUUCUAUGCAUUAUACGGUGGCAGCCUUGUCAGAGAGUCCACUCUUACAUACUGCCAAUUUAGCUAUACCCCUCGUCAGGUAAAGGGGUUGAAGAGUGUGAAAAGAUACAUAUGUGCUGAAGCUUUGUGUCCUUGUUGGUUUUUCUUUGUUUUAGUUAUUUUUAUUGUUUUUACGUUAAACCAGUUUUUGUUCUCCUCAGUGUUCACAAGGCUGUAAAUUUGAAUUGAAAAGCAGCUAUUAUAAAUAAGAAUAUUUUGAAUCACUAUUGUGUUGUCAGGUGUACUCUUGGAUAAAGAAAAUAAAGUAUUAUCAGUU